AUGGGGCACAAUCCGCUCUCCCUGGCCGCGAGCCUCCCGCCCUGUCGGUCAGCGACCUCGGCGCAAAUUUGCGACGCGUUGAAGACGCUCCGCGAUGUCUUUUGCCGGCUUCCCGCGGCGGCUGACUUUCGCCAGGGCGUGGCCCACGAUGGGCUGGCACAGACUGACUCUGGUUACGUGACCGAGGCCGACGAAGAUGACGAUGACGAAGACGAUCUAAACGACAAAGGCAGCGACGAGGCUCAGGCGCUGCGAGAUGACCCCGUGGAGAGAGAUGCGGCGGUGCGGUGGCUCACAGGACUUAUCGGCCGGGCGGACGAGCUGCCCGUAGACGAGGAGUCGCGCGAGCGAAUUGUCGACGACGCUUGUGCCGUGCUAUCCCGGCUCACGGGCGGUGACGAUGAGGAGCAACAACUUCAGGGCGAUGACCUAGGCAUGACGCGACGGUUUGAGUUCGCUGUGCCGUCAAAACACACGAGCAUCAAGGUGGACCUCCUCGACACGCCGAUGCAAACGACAGAUGAUCACACCGACGUCGGCCUGCAAACAUGGGGCGCCUCAGUGGCCCUCUCGGAACUCGUCUGCCAGACUCCCGAGCGGUUCCACCUCGACAAGGCCUCGCACGGCACGCGCAUCCUCGAACUCGGCGCCGGGACCGGCCUCUUCGGCCUCGCGCUCUCUAGUCUCCUGCCCUGCCUCACCGAGACGUGGCCCUCGCAGGCCAUCAUCGCGACAGACUACCACCCCGCCGUGCUCAAGAACCUGGCCAUCAACCUCGACGCCCACAUGGCAGGCACCGGCACUGGGGGCGGCGCCACUGUUCCGCUCAAAGCUGCGCACCUCGACUGGUCGGCUCCGUCCCGGGCGGCGCCCCUCGACGAGCCCUUCGACUUCAUCUUCGCUGCGGAUGUGGCGUACGCGCCCGAGCAUGCAAUCUGGCUGAGGGACUGCGCGGCGACGCUCCUCGCCCCGGGGGGUGUCUUUUGGCUCGUGGUCUCGAUUCGCCCCAACGGCAAGUUCAACGGCAUCAACACGUCUGUCGAGGCUGCUUUCUCGGAACAACGGCCUGGAGGGCGGACGGGCGAGCGCGCACUGUCCAUCCUUUCUCAGGAGAGCGUGCGGAAGCACAGGAGCGGACGGGCUGACGAGACUGGGUACGAGCUAUAUCGCAUCGGAUGGGCAUGA